AUGUUGCAAACAUAUAUACAGCAGCCGCCGCCGCCGCCGCCGCCGGACGUCCGGCGCGGGAUCGCGGUCGCCGUGGUGGAGAGGUACCCCGUGCCUCCGGACGAUGUCAUCGAGGACAUCUUCGCGUGGCUACCGGCCAAGGCCGUGUGCAGGUUCCGUUGCCUCUCUCGCACAUGGGCAGCUAGGCUUGUGUCGGACGACUUUGCCGACCGCCACUUUCUGGUAGCCAACGGUCAUGGCGGCCCGAGGAUUCUCUUGAUGGAAAAAUCAAACUCAUAUGACAAAUGUGAGAAACUACAGAGGUGGUCACCGGAGAAUCCUCGGGGCUCGACCUUGGUACCCUUAUGUCAUAGCGUUCAGGGUCAUGUCAUGGAUAUCUUCAUCUCAAUGCCCGUCACGCAGCAGUGCCGCGGUCUCUUCAUCGUCCAAGCCAAGACACCAAGGGCAUAUUGGGUGCUUAAUCCAUCCACGGGACAAAUAGCGGAGCUCCCGAAGAGCCCUGCCAUGGACCGUGGCAAACACACGCGCCUAGGUCUUGCCUACGAUUCAAGCACGAGGAAGCACAUAGUCGUGUGCAUCUUCUAUUGUGGCCAUCCUGGGAGGAACCCCGGAUUUAAUGGGUGUGAGGUCUACGUGAUCAACUCCACCGCAAGGCAAUGGCGGUCAGUGGAUGGUUGUAGUCAUGAGAAACAGAUGAGUUGGAUCCACGGGAAUAAAGAAAGCGUUUUUGCUCAAAGGCAUGUCCAUUGGUUAGCUCAACGCAAGUAUUCCUCCUACUGGGAAGAGACAUUUGUCUUCUCCUUCUCCCUUGAAGACGAGACGUUUCGAACCAUGCCUUUGCCACCACUUGAGAUAGGGAGAAAUCGUCGUUAUCAACGUUUGACAGCACUCUGUGGACAAUUGUGCCUCUUCUCCACCGAUCUGGACAACGGCUUUAUGUGCGCCCGUCGGUAUGAUGUUUGGCUUUUACGUAUGCAUGAUACGUGUGCUUGGGAUUUGCACCGUCGAAUUGAUGUGGACACGUUGCCACCAAAGGUUGCCAGCUUCAUGCGUUACGGGCACCAAAUCAACAUGCUUGGUAACACUGAUGAAGGUCGUGACAUCAUUCUUUUACGAUUGGCACCCUGGUCUAAACCAAGCUUCACAUUGUGCUCAUAUGACCCCGUGACCAACGAUAUGGAGAUCCUCACCGAGGAUGGUGGCUUGGUAUCUAAUAGAAAUAUGAUAUCCGGACAUGCUGCAUUGUACGAGGAUAGCAUCGCAUCCCCUGGUCAACCCCUAACUACAUUUGUCGGCCAUUGUGGCCCGUCUGGCAGAGGCAAUAAAGCUAGGAAGGCCGCACACGUUGGAGUAGCAAGACCAUCUAGGCCCAUGCGCAAGAAGAGACCACCUGGUUGGCUCGCCAAUGGAGAUUGGGCCCAAUGA